AUGGCAGCCAACUUUCCGCCUGAGUCCCUGCGUGAGAUUAUAAAAGAGGUAGUCGAACUGCUCAAGCAACGAAAUGAGACUGUCUCCGUUGCAGAAACAGCUGCAGGCGGUCUCAUCUCUGCCACCCUCGUCGCCUGUCCCGGCGCAUCCGGGUACUACAAAGGCGGCCUGACACUCUACACUCUCGAGUCCCGCAUCGCCUUCGCGGGAUGGACUCAAGAGUCUCUCAAGGGCUACGCAGGGCCGACGCCAGAUAUUGUCGCCGGGCUCGCCGAUCACACGCGUAAGACGCUGGGCAGCACUUACACUGUGUUGGAGAGCGGCACCGCGGGACCGACAGGUGGUCAGACGCGGAACAGGAAGCCGGGGUAUGUCGCAUUGGCUGUGAGCUCUGAGCAGGGCACUGUGACGAGGGAGGUUGAGACGGGACUUGGAGGGGAUCGGGAGGCGAAUAUGGUAAGAUUUGCGGAGGAGGGGUUGAAGCUUUUAAGAGAUGCUAUUAAGGGUGGCGUGAAGCUCUAG